AAGAAAGUCUUUUCGCGCAGCGUGGCGAUAAUAAAGUGCCGAAAUUUUGCAAUUAUUAUUAAUUUGCUGCAUUUACAAUAAUUAUAUCAACAAUGUCGGCACUUAAUCUGACCGUGCGCGUGCACCCCGUGGUGCUGUUCCAAGUUGUGGACGCAUUUGAGCGACGCAACGCGGAUUCUCACCGAGUCAUCGGCACACUGUUGGGCUCUGUGGACAAAGGUGUUGUGGAGGUUACCAACUGCUUCUGUGUGCCUCACAAGGAGCACGACGACCAGGUGGAGGCUGAGCUGAGCUACGCGCUGGACAUGUACGACCUGAACCGCAAAGUCAACGCUAAUGAGAGCGUAGUUGGCUGGUGGGCAACGGGCAAUGAUGUGACUAACCACAGCUCCGUCAUACACGAGUACUAUGCACGCGAGUGCAACAACCCAGUGCAUUUGACGGUGGACACUUCGCUGCAAGGCGGUCGCAUGGGCCUGCGCGCCUAUGUGUGCAUCCAGCUGGGUGUGCCUGGCGGCAAGACCGGCUGCAUGUUCACGCCCAUACCCGUGGAGCUGACCAGCUAUGAGCCCGAAACCUUCGGUCUGAAGCUGUUGCAGAAGACAGUGGGCGUGUCCCCAGCUCACCGCCCCAAGACAGUGGCGCCCAUGCUUGAUCUGUCGCAAAUUUCGGAAGCAUCAACAAAACUGCAAUCGCUGCUGGACCUUAUAAUCAAGUACGUGGAUGAUGUCAUCGCACACAAAGUGACGCCCGACAAUGCUGUGGGUCGUCAGCUGCUUGACCUGAUUCACUCGGUGCCGCACAUGUCCCACGAGCAGUUCACCCAGAUGUUCAACGCCAAUGUGCGCGAUCUUCUAAUGGUUGUCACACUCUCCCAACUUAUCAAAACGCAACUGCAGCUCAACGAGAAACUGACAUUCCUGCCAACGGCUUAAAGAUGUGCAGCAAUUUGGGUUUUAAGUCAGAUUUAAGAGCAGAAGUUGAUUUUACUUUCAUAUGUGUAUUUUGCUAUCCGCUGAUGCGUUUGUUAAUAAAGUGCUCAGAUCAACAGUGUA